AGUAUAACUCUGAUGUUGAGGACGAUGGUGAUGAUAACAAUCUAUAAAUCCUGCUAGUUAUGAGAAUGAUUUCAUUAGUCUGUGUAUUUAUUGUGAGUUCAAAUAUUUGAUGUCAGUUGAAUAAAAGAACGGAAUAACAUUCCCGACAUAGUAACCGAUGGGGCAAUAUUAUAAUAACUUAAAAGAAACACUGAUCCAUUCGAUAAACAUGAUCUUCUCUUCUUCAGUAGAGCUUUUAAUAUAACUGGAUUAAAAACAAUCUUUUGUUCAAUUUGCCUUCGAUAGAGAUAUCUAAAAUCCUAAUAUUAUCUUUUUUUUGCAAUCUGAUUGCAAAUGUGUUCCGCUACCAAUAGGUUUUGUUGGGAAACAUAUGAUGUCUUUCGCAAUUGAGUAAUAUUGCUUUAAAUUGUAGUCAAACGCACAAAGCUUGCUACAAGGGGAUCGUUAACGUUUGUUAAACGUAGAUUUUUGCCAUUUGAUUGAUGAGUCUAACUGAGACAGAAGGCGAUAACUUAUUCUCUGGUAAUCGUUCAGCCAGUCCAUCAUAGUGUGAAAAUAUAUAGAAAGAGAAAAAGAUGUCUGAUGAUUAUCUAUCUAUGCUGAUUCUGGCUGUUGCCAUUAUCAUAGCUAAUAUUACUGAAAUAAUCUUUAUCACCAAAGUUCGAAGGAAUAUGUCACUGUUUCAGCUCCUUCUUUUCAGCCUGGCUGUUGCUGAUCUUCUUGUAGGUAUUUCGGGUUGCUGUAUAGCAGUUCUUGAACUGAACGGGGUCAAAAUCGAAAAGCUUCAACUCAGCAGCAUUGUGUGUUUUGCCAUUGCAGCAUCUGUGAACCACGUCAACGCGAUAACUAUUGACCGUCUUCUGGCCGUACGUUGGCCAUUGAAGCAUAAGUACCUCGUUUCAAGAAAACGAAUCUCGAUUUGCAUUGCAGUCACUUGGUGCGUCAGUAUCGUGAUGUUGCUGCCAAUGUUUGUUAGUGGCAAUGAUGAUUUGACAAAAUAUAUUCUCAGUAUCUCUAUAUUAACAUAUAGUGGUGCGAUGGUCUUCGUCUACUCGUAUAUCAUAUACCGAACAGUUGUUGUUCGUCGCAAGACUCUUAUCACAGUGGCACAUGGCACUGAAAACGCAGUACAGACAAGCAAAGACGUACAGCUCGUUGUUGUUGUGAUCAUCUUGACAAUAAUCUUCAUGGUUUGCUCGAUUCCAUUCUGUGUUUAUGCCUUUAUUACUGAAGCUUACCCCAGGACCAUCAAAGACCUUCUGAUAUCUAAUUCCCUAUGCAACCCUUUUGUUUACUUUUUCUGGAAACUUCUACAAAUGAAAUUUAGGACAACGCAACAUGCAAGGACACAGAAGAGGGUGACUCAAACAUCGGAAGAGCAAGGUGCAAUCACCCAGAGGCAGAACAAGGGGACAAUUGCUUAAUUAUUUGCAACAGAAUUAUCGAUUAUACAUAUUCUGUAUUCAAUUAUGUACAAUAUUUGAAAAUAUCCGAUUUCAUCGAGUUUUUUCUCAAAGUUCCACUCUUCCCUUGUUACAUUGUUAAAUUCCAUUGAUCUUCAAGUUAUGCACUGAUCGUCAAGAUUUUAAAAAACAUUAGGGCCUUGCAUCUCAAUAAAAAGUCAAUAUCCAUAAAACUUCGGAUGUUAUAAAAGAUUGCUUGAAAAAUCAUGCAAUCCCUAUCCACAAAUGAAAAAAAAUCUAAGUAAGACAGAAUAAGCAAAAAAACAAUAUUUUUAAAAGACUGUCAAUGGAUUUUACUGUUGUAUUUCUUAUCAAUUUAGUAAUUCGUAAGAGGAAUAAGCUUUGCAAGAAAGAGGAAAUGAGA